AUGCCUUUUAUAAGGAUCCCCAUGUGAUGCUACAAAAUGAAUUCUACCUGGAAUACGGAAUUAAUGUGUAUUGAAUUAAAGUUUUCACACUGAUAUUGUUGUGCAUUAAAAUAAAUGAAUGCUUGCCAUUUAUUACCUAGGGGUGAGGUUACAUUCCCAUGGUAUUAGGGUAAUGGUUAGCAGUCAACUAUCAAUAACAUCGUUAUAAAUGCCCAAAUGCCCCCCAAGCAUUAAAUGUUUUAUCGGGGAGAUGGGGGGGGGGGGCCCUCCGACCUUUAUACCUAGAUAACAUAUAGGCAACACAGUUUAUAGAUUGCAUAUAGAACAUGUAAAGUUGAAAGAAAUGUGACUACCUACUUUCAGACUAUUCUGGGAGAGGUAAAAAAAUAAAUAAUAGUCUAACCAGUAUAGGCCCUUUCAGAAGUGUACUUUUACCUCACUGAAUAAAAGAGGAAUCAGGUUAGUUCACAUUUUGAACAAUGCGCUGUAACUUGCGCCACGGUAAUCCUGUUUUGUGACACAAUGGCCUGUGGACUUUGAAACUGCGGUAAACACACCCCAUUCAGGGUCCUGUUGAUUUUAAAGGUCAGUAUCUGGACAUUCGUGAGGCCCCCCCCCUGUCUACAUGCGCUCUUCUGCGAUGUUGUCUGUGAGGUUGUUGCUUAGCUUUGCCCUCCUGCUGCUCUGCGGGUAUCGGGGUGCACUCAGUGGCAAUGUGCUGGCCUUUCCCGGAGAGUACAGCCACUGGCUUAACAUGCGCGUGGUCCUGGAGGAGCUGGUGGAGCGGAACCACAGUGUCACUGUGCUGGUUUGCUCUGCCUCGCCGUCGGUCAAUUACACCAAACCAGAGGGCUUCAGCUUCAAGGUGUACAAUGUUCCUUUCGAGAAGCGCGCAUGGGAGUCCCUCACCGAUGACUUCAUAGGCUACUGGAUGUAUCAGGCUCCGAACUCCUCCACACUGCAGGUGGGCCUGAAGAUCCGAGACAUUUUGGCGCAGAUGACAGCUCUGCAGCUCAAAAUGUGUGACACCAUGUUCCAUAACAAAGAGCUCAUGGACAAUCUGAGGCAGUCGAAGUUUGACGUGGUCCUCUCUGACCCGAUGAUCCCGUGUACCGACUUGCUCGCGGAUAUCCUCGGUGUGCCUCUCAUUGUCUCCCUGAGGUUUUCAUUUGGCAUGUCUAUGGAGAGGCACUGUGGCCAAAUACCCGCGCCCCCGUCAUACGUUCCGUCACCCCCGUUGACCUACACGGACAGGAUGAGUUUUUUGGAGAGGCUACAUAAUUUUGUUAUGUACAUGAUCCAGUCCAGCCUUUUCUAUUUACACUGCCUGCUGACCCUGGAUAAGUACUACAGUGAGAUCAAGGGCGAACCUACAACGUUUUGCGGGACCAUUGGAAAGGCGGACAUCUGGUUGAUAAGAACCUACUGGGACGUUGAGUAUCCCCGGCCUUUCCUCCCGAACUUUAAAUUUGUGGGAGGUCUUCACUGCAAACCCGCAAAGCCGCUACCAGAAGCUAUGGAGGAAUUUGUGCAGAGUUCGGGAGAUAAUGGGAUUGUGGUGUUUUCACUGGGUUCCAUGGUGAAGAACUUAACUACAGAUAGAGGAAACCAAAUUGCCACCGCGCUGGGUCAAAUACCACAGAAGGUGCUGUGGAGAUAUGGUGGUGAAAAACCAGAGACUCUUUCCCCCAACACAAGAGUUUAUAACUGGAUUCCACAGAAUGAUUUACUUGGGCACCCAAAGACCAAAGCCUUUAUCACUCACGGAGGGACAAACGGACUAUAUGAAGCUAUUUACCACGGAGUCCCAAUGGUGGGGGUUCCCCUGUUUGGUGACCAGUACAACAACAUCUUCCAGAUAAAAAACAAGGGGGCUGCUGUGAUGGUGGACUUCAACACGAUGACAACCGAAGACCUUCUGGAUGGCCUGAACAGCGUCAUCAACAAUUCUUCAUAUAAAGAAAGCAUGAUGAAGCUGUCGAGAAUCCACCACGACCAACCAAUGAGACCUCUGGACACGGCCGUGUUCUGGAUCGAAUUUGUGAUGCGUAACAAGGGGGCCAAGCACUUGAGGGUGCAAGCCCACAAUCUGACCUGGUUCCAGUAUCACUGCCUGGAUGUGGCUGCUGUCCUGCUCGCCAUAUUGUCACUUGUCAUUGUCGUAUGUGUUAAAAUGGCCAAUUUCUGCUUCCGCAACUGCUGCAAGAGAACUGUGGCAAGACAGAAGACAGAGUGACCCCCCCCCCCGUGUAAUAAAAGUACUUGCCAUGGAAAACUACCAAAAAGGCCUAGUUCGAGGCAAGGAGUGAUUAGAGCACUCAACAAAACAAGCAGGAAUCCAUCUCUUUGAUGAUCUUUUAAUCCAUGAUAGUAUUGUAUGUAGUAGGCAUUUUCCGUACCAAGUAGUUUUGCUGAUUUUGUUGUUGUUGUUUGCUGAGGCGCCUAGCCCACCCAAACUUGACCCCCUGUAAUAUUAAAGGGAAUUUAUGGGAAUUAAGACCAGUAUUUGGUUCCCCAGACUCCAUGAACUACAAUUUUUAUGUAUUAUUUGUUUCCUAUACAAAGACGGAUGUAUUUGUCAUUUACAAAAUAUCACAUCUCCUCUCUGUUCAUUUUUGCCUGCUUGAUAUAAAAUGACUCCUGGAGACACUUGAGUUUACGCAAUGCUGCUAAAGGGAAACAGUGGGGUAAGCCAUC